GGUCUCUGUUUUGGGAUAACCGUACAUCUAAUUCCUUAAAGUAGUUUUAUAUGUAAAACUUGCAAGAUCAGAACAAUGCCUCCACGACCAUCAUCAGGUGAACUGUGGGGCAUCCACUUGAUGCCCCCGAGAAUCCUAGUAGAAUGUUUACUACCAAAUGGAAUGAUAGUGACUUUAGAAUGCCUCCGUGAGGCUACAUUAAUAACUAUAAAGCAUGAACUAUUUAAAGAAGCAAGAAAAUACCCUCUGCAUCAACUUCUUCAAGAUGAAUCUUCUUACAUUUUCGUAAGUGUUACCCAAGAAGCAGAAAGGGAAGAAUUUUUUGAUGAAACAAGACGACUUUGUGACCUUCGGCUUUUUCAACCCUUUUUAAAAGUAAUUGAACCAGUAGGCAACCGUGAAGAAAAGAUCCUCAAUCGAGAAAUUGGUUUUGCUAUUGGUAUGCCAGUGUGUGAGUUUGAUAUGGUUAAAGAUCCAGAAGUACAGGACUUCCGAAGAAAUAUUCUGAAUGUUUGUAAAGAAGCUGUGGAUCUUAGGGAUCUCAAUUCACCUCAUAGUAGAGCAAUGUAUGUCUAUCCUCCAAAUGUAGAAUCUUCACCAGAACUGCCAAAGCACAUAUAUAAUAAAUUAGAUAAAGGGCAAAUAAUAGUGGUGAUUUGGGUAAUAGUUUCUCCAAAUAAUGACAAGCAGAAGUAUACUCUGAAAAUUAACCAUGACUGUGUGCCAGAACAAGUAAUUGCUGAAGCAAUCAGGAAAAAAACAAGAAGUAUGUUGCUAUCCUCUGAGCAACUAAAACUCUGUGUUUUAGAAUAUCAGGGCAAAUACAUUUUAAAAGUGUGUGGAUGUGAUGAAUACUUUCUAGAAAAAUAUCCUCUGAGUCAGUAUAAGUAUAUAAGAAGCUGUAUAAUGCUUGGGAGGAUGCCCAAUCUGAUGCUGAUGGCUAAGGAAAGCCUCUACUCUCAGCUGCCAAUGGACUGUUUUACAAUGCCGUCUUAUUCCAGACGCAUUUCCACAGCUACACCUUAUAUGAAUGGAGAAACAUCUACAAAAUCCCUUUGGGUUAUAAAUAGUGCACUCAGAAUUAAAAUUCUUUGUGCCACCUAUGUAAAUGUAAAUAUUCGAGACAUUGAUAAGAUCUAUGUUCGAACAGGCAUCUAUCAUGGAGGAGAACCCUUGUGUGACAAUGUGAACACUCAAAGAGUACCUUGUUCCAAUCCCAGGUGGAAUGAAUGGCUGAAUUAUGAUAUAUACAUUCCUGAUCUUCCUCGUGCCGCUCGGCUUUGCCUUUCCAUUUGCUCUGUUAAAGGCCGAAAGGGUGCUAAAGAGGAACACUGUCCAUUGGCAUGGGGAAAUAUAAACUUGUUUGAUUACACUGACACUCUAGUAUCUGGGAAAAUGGCUUUGAAUCUCUGGCCAGUACCUCAUGGAUUAGAAGAUCUGCUGAACCCUAUUGGUGUUACUGGAUCAAAUCCAAAUAAAGAAACUCCAUGCUUAGAGUUGGAGUUUGACUGGUUCAGCAGUGUGGUUAAGUUUCCAGACAUGUCAGUGAUUGAAGAGCAUGCCAAUUGGUCUGUAUCCCGUGAAGCAGGAUUUAGUUAUUCCCAUGCAGGACUGAGUAACAGACUAGCCAGAGACAAUGAAUUAAGAGAAAAUGACAAAGAACAGCUCCGAGCAAUUUGUACACGAGACCCUCUAUCUGAAAUCACUGAGCAAGAGAAAGACUUUCUAUGGAGCCAUAGACACUAUUGUGUGACUAUCCCCGAGAUUCUGCCUAAAUUGCUACUGUCCGUUAAAUGGAAUUCUAGAGAUGAAGUAGCCCAGAUGUACUGCUUGGUUAAAGACUGGCCUCCAAUCAAACCUGAGCAGGCCAUGGAGCUUCUGGACUGUAAUUACCCAGAUCCUAUGGUUCGAAGUUUUGCUGUUCGGUGCUUGGAAAAAUAUUUAACAGAUGACAAACUUUCUCAGUACCUAAUUCAGCUAGUACAGGUCUUAAAAUAUGAACAGUAUUUGGAUAACCUGCUUGUGAGAUUUUUACUCAAGAAAGCAUUGACUAAUCAAAGGAUUGGGCACUUUUUCUUUUGGCAUUUAAAGUCUGAGAUGCACAAUAAAACAGUUAGCCAGAGGUUUGGCCUGCUUUUGGAGUCCUAUUGUCGUGCCUGUGGGAUGUAUUUGAAGCACCUGAAUAGGCAAGUUGAGGCAAUGGAAAAACUCAUUAACUUAACUGACAUUCUGAAGCAGGAGAAGAAGGAUGAAACACAAAAGGUACAGAUGAAGUUUUUAGUUGAGCAGAUGAGGCGGCCAGAUUUCAUGGAUGCUCUGCAAGGCUUUCUGUCUCCUCUCAACCCUGCUCAUCAACUGGGAAAUCUCAGGCUUGAAGAGUGUCGAAUUAUGUCCUCUGCAAAAAGGCCACUGUGGUUGAAUUGGGAGAACCCAGACAUCAUGUCAGAGUUACUCUUUCAGAACAAUGAGAUCAUCUUUAAAAAUGGAGAUGAUUUACGGCAAGAUAUGCUAACACUUCAGAUUAUUCGCAUUAUGGAAAAUAUCUGGCAAAAUCAAGGUCUUGAUCUUCGAAUGUUACCUUAUGGUUGUCUAUCAAUCGGUGACUGUGUGGGACUCAUUGAGGUGGUGAGAAAUUCUCACACUAUUAUGCAAAUUCAGUGCAAAGGCGGCCUGAAAGGUGCACUGCAGUUCAACAGCCACACACUGCAUCAGUGGCUCAAAGACAAGAACAAAGGAGAAAUAUAUGAUGCAGCCAUUGACCUGUUUACACGUUCGUGUGCUGGAUAUUGUGUAGCUACCUUCAUUUUGGGAAUUGGAGAUCGACACAAUAGUAACAUCAUGGUGAAAGAUGAUGGACAACUGUUUCAUAUAGAUUUUGGACACUUUUUGGAUCACAAGAAGAAAAAAUUUGGGUAUAAACGAGAACGUGUGCCAUUUGUUUUGACACAAGAUUUCUUAAUAGUGAUUAGUAAAGGAGCCCAAGAAUGCACAAAGACAAGAGAAUUUGAGAGGUUUCAGGAGAUGUGUUACAAGGCCUAUCUAGCUAUUCGGCAGCAUGCCAAUCUCUUCAUAAAUCUUUUCUCAAUGAUGCUUGGCUCUGGAAUGCCAGAACUACAGUCUUUUGAUGACAUUGCAUACAUUCGAAAGACCCUAGCCUUAGAUAAAACUGAGCAAGAGGCUUUGGAAUAUUUCAUGAAACAAAUGAAUGAUGCACAUCAUGGUGGCUGGACAACAAAAAUGGAUUGGAUCUUCCACACAAUUAAGCAGCAUGCAUUGAACUGAAAUGCUAACUGAGAAACUGAAAGCUCACUAUCUGGAUUCUACACUGCACUGUUAAAACUGUCAACAGGCAAAGACUGAUUGCAUAGGAAUUGCACAAUCCAUGAACAGCAUUAGAAUUUACAGCAAGAACAGACAUAAAAUACUAUAUAAUUUAAAUAAUGUAAACGCAAACAGGGUUUGAUAGCACUUAAACUAGUUCAUUUCAAAAUUAAGCUUUAGAAUAAUGCGCAAUUUCAUGUUAUGCCUUAAGUCCAAAAAGGUAAACUUUGAAGAUUGUUUGUAUCUUUUUUUAAAAAACAAAACAAAACAAAAAUCCCCAAAAUAUACAGAAAUGAUGGAGAAGGAAAAAGAAUGAUGUUCUUCUUUGUGUUGCAAAUGUUCUAUGUUUUGAAAUGUGGACACAACAAAGGCUGUCAUUGCAUUAGGUCUGAGUAAACUGGAGUUUAUGUUAAAUUACAUAAGAUUGGAAAAGAAUGAAAAUUUCUUAUUUUUCCAUUGCUGUUCAAUUUAUAGUUUGAAGUGGGUUUUUUGACUCCUUGUUUAAUGAAGAAAAAUGCUUGGGGUGGAAGGGACUCUUGAGAUUUCACCAGAGACUUUUUCUUUUUAAUAAAUCAAACUUUUUGAUGAUUUGAGGUCUUAUCUGCACAGUUUUGAAAGCAGGCACAAAUGAGACCUAUUAAAAGGUAGUGUUUUGGGGCUCUUUUUUUUCUGGACAGUAUUUACAAGGUUCUUAUACUUAUUUCCCAGGGAAAUUCUGGGCUCCCACAAAGUAAAAAAAUCAUCAGAGAAAAGGAAUGAGCAGGAAUAGUUCUUAUUCCAGAAUUGUACAGUAUUCACCUGAAGUUGAUUUUUUUCCUCCUUUUGCAAUUGAACUGAAUACAUUUUUCAUGCAUGUUUUCCAGAAAAUAGAAGUAUUAAUGUUAUUAAAAAGAUUAUUUUUUUUAUUAAAGGCUAUUUAUAUUAUAGAAACUAUCAUUAAUAUAUAUUCUUUAUUUACAUGAUCUGUCCCAUAGUCAUGCAUUGUUUUGCACCCCAAGUUUUUGUUGUUCGUAGCAGCAUGGUCAGCUUUUCUCUUGGUCUGUAGUUGAGGCUCAGGCACUGUCCCAUUUAUACCAAUAACCAGUGUAGAACUACGUAAGGAAAACAGAUUAAACUUCAUUCUCUUUCCUUUCAUUUCUUUGUUUUCACAUGAAUCCCCCAUCUUCCAUCCUCUCUUAUGUUGAGAAUGGCUCAAUCGUAUGAAAUUAGUCACCAAAAUUAACACAAUUUAGACUAUCUUCCUGAUUGCUUAAACUUCUCUACUGCAGUAUGCUCCUGAAUAAUUCUUUAUAAUAUGGAGGAAUAGAAACCAUGAAUUUUUUCCCUUUUUAAGUUAUGUAUCUAUAUCUCAAAAAUAAAAAUAGGACAUUAAACCAUUUUAAGGUCAUGUCCCAUUCCCAAGUAGCCUGGGCUCACUGUCCAACUUUAUAAAAUACCAUUCAAGCACAGGACACAUUCUUAAACUUUUCAGAAAAUGAACCCAAGAUGUAGGUGCCAGUGCUAGCCAUCCCGCUAGAAUCUGAUAUUUUGCUCAGUAUUUGAAAUGAAUGAUUAAUGUUCUAGGAAAUUAGCUUUAGCAAAUGUCCAGGUGCCACACCAAAAAAAGUGCAAUAAUUUAUUGACAGUUUUCUAGAUUAGGCAUAUUAUUGGAAAACAACUUUAUAAAGAGUGAAUAUUGUAUACGCAACUAAAACAGCAUCACUUUAAAAAUAUUCUUUUAUGAAAUCUGUUACCUGUAGUAGAAGUCUUGAGUAGUGAACAAGGGACUCUAAUACAAAUACUUUUACUAUCUGGCUAUUUUAGAACCCUUAAAGGGCAUAAUUAUUGAAAAUUUAGGUACUUCACUAAAGCAUGUAUAUAAUAUUGCCAACAAGAAAAAUUAAUUUGAAGAUUAAGGGAAUGUAUUUCUGUAAGUUUUCUUGGAAUAUUUAAGCAAACUUUAAACUCUGUUUUAGGCAGGAACCAGAUAGAUUCUUUUUCAUAACUUAUUAAAACUUAUUAACAUUUUAUGUUGUUUAUAUAUAGGCAGUUGAUACAUACUAACAUCCCAGUCUUUUUGAAAUCAGGGAUUGAUAGUAGGAAAACUCAGAAAAAUGGUACAAGUCUGAAACUUUGAUGGUGGAAACUGAAGAUUUAACAGAGAACUGUGUUUUACCCUAGUGCCAAAAAGCCUUGAACCUCCUUGCACAAAAUAUAGUGUUUGCAUUUUGUUUCACAUCAGUCUAGAUAAUUAUCCCCCUCCUUCUCCCAGAACCUCUCCACCAUUAAAACACACAAUCCACAUAGCUUAUUUCAUCAUUUACAUUUAUUUCCAAGAAUUAUUACAACCAAAUUAAUUAUAUUUGAAGUGUAGACAAAUUCUAUAAAGAAUAUAGAUUGUGAUCUAAGAAAGAAUUGAGGGACAGAGAGGCAAAGAACCAAACAUUUAAUUGAAUGCUGCAUGGGUGACUAAAAUCUGUUUCAAGUUAGCGAUAAUAUAGCCACUUCCAGGUACCUCAGUAUCAGAGAUCAGUUCCCACAGUUUGGACAGUUCUGUAACUGACUGUUCUUGUCACUGAAUAUGGUAUAACUGACUGUUGGCGCUACAGUUUCAUUGGGUCACUUGAGAAAUAUUUCCUUCAAUAAUUAUGCUGGAGAAAACAGAAACAUCUAAAGAAAAUAAAAUGUAAUUUUAAAUACGUUGUAGCAGGAAAUAACUUUGAAAAUUAUGCUUUAACUUUUUUCCAUAUUGUCAGCUAUACGUUUAUUUUGAAGAUUUUUAGACUGCUGUUAAAUUGAAAUUUGUUAAUUUUACUGUGGAAUUUGGGUUUUUUUUUUUUUUAAGAAAAAAAGAUGUUUCUAGUUGGAUUUUUUUUAAAGAAUGGAAUUUGGUUGCUCUUUUACAAUAGAACCUAAGCUUUUUGUGGUUCUUAGUGUCCUAUGUAAAACUUAGUGUCAAAGUAAUCAACUUUGAGGUUUUCCCUUCUAUUCUGCUUUAUAUAAAAAGCCCAUUAGGAAAUGGGAACCUGGUGAAUAUAUAAUGAAUUGUAAAAUAUUUUAAUGUGUAACUUUUUCAACUGUGAAACUGACUAUUGAUUUUUUGAUGAAAACAGCUGCUGAUAAAGUAUUUUGUGUAAA